AAUCAGAACUCAGAAACAGCUCUGAAACAGCAAUGUUAAUUCAUUAUAGCUUCAUGUUCAUACAGAUAAGCUGGGCCUGCGCGAAACCCAUUUAAACAUUGGUGGAAGAAAAUCUGACUACGAUGCUUUGGUUCUUAGAAGAAUCAACCAAUGCAGCCAUUGCAAGAGCAAAGCAGAGCAAUGCUAUUUUCGUUGUGUAUAUUACAGGUACUAAUGACGAAGACACAAGUCGAAUGGAUGAAACAUGGGAAGAUGGAGAGGUUCAACAGAUCUGCAAUGAGGCAGGUAUAGUUGCCAUCAGGCUUAAUGCAUCCAGUACUGAAUGCAAUCAAUUCAGCAGACUUUAUCCUGUUGUUUGUGUUCCAUCAGUAGCAUUCAUUGAUGGUGGAAAUGGGGUCUACCUAGAGGCAAUUGCAGGUGCUGUAUCCCCACACGAACUAAGAGAGAAGAUUAAAGAUGUGAUUGUGAAAAAGAAUAGGGCCAACCAAGCCUCAGUUGUAGCAACAACAACAGAAGCAAUGUAUUCGCAACCGUCAACUUCGCAAGCAGCUGCAGAUCCGUUAAUGACUGCAGCUCCCCAGGCAAGUGCAUCUCCUGGAAGUGCAACUUCCCAGGCAAGUGCAGCUCCAAAAAUCACUCCAGACCAACCUGACAAAGUUCAAGCAUCAUCUUUUGCAUCUGCAAUAGUUAAUACAAGUAAUGAAACCCAAGAGGAGAGGUCACAGAGACAUCGGCAGAAGAUGGUUGCGUUGCGAGAGAAGAUGGAUAAGGAAAGGAAGAAAAAGGAUAGUUCCAAUUCCAACCAAGCCUCAGCUGUAGAGAUGGAUACUCAAACAUCAACUCUGCAAGUCGCAAAUCCGUAUUCGGUUGCAUCUGUCCAGAUUAACUGCAAGAAAGAAAUAGAAAGAAGGGAAGUUGGAAAAGCAAUCCAAGAACAGAUGAAGACGAACCAGGAGAGGGAAACCAGAGCCACUGUGGAACACAUGAAGGAAGAUCAGCAGUGGAGGGAAUUGGUCCGGCAACAGCUGGAGUGGGAUAAGCUAGAGAAGAAAGCGAGGUUUGAGGCUGAGAAGAGAGAGAGGGAUCAGAAACGGAAAAGCAGGAAUAUCCAGAAACAAGAACAACUAGAUGAAGAAGAAUUAGAAAGAAAGAGAAGACGAAUGGAGAGUGCUAGAAUACAGUUCCGUCUGCCAGAUGGUUCAACUUUUAAGAAUGAAUUCAAGGCAACAGCAAAAAUGUCAGAAGUACAUGAGUUUAUUAGACAGAAAAUUAUGUCUCAUGACUUAAGAAGUUCAUUUAUGAUGUCAACAACAUUUCCUAGGAGAAACUACGAUUCUGAUGACAUGGACCGUACCCUCACAGAGCUCAAUUUGGUUCCCAGUCCUUGCAUUAUUGUCCUUCCAAGAAAUAAUAGGUCCAAUUCCAACCAAACCUCAGCAGUAGCAACAACAAAAGCAAUGGAUGCUCAAACAUCAACCCUGCAAGCAGCCACGGAUUCGCUCUUUAAUACAAGUGAUGAGACCAUAGAGAAGAAGGCAUAUAGAUGGCAGAAGAUGGUUGCAUUUCAAGAGUUGGGAGAAGAAAAUGAGGAGUUGUUGACCGAAAGCUCUGGAACUCCAAAAGUACCUUCAGACCAACCUGACAAAGUUCAAACAUCAUCUUCUGCAUCUGUAGAAGUUAAUACAAGUAAUGAGACCAUAGAGGAGGGGGCAUUGCAAGAGAACAAAGAAAAGAAAAAGGAGGAGGGGUCCACUGCUGUUACCCAAUCAGAUAGUCCAGUCCUGAUGCUCCUGUCGCCUUUCCUUGCCCUCUGGAAGUUUAUUAAUCCAAGUGCAGGAAACCUGCAGAGUAAUAGGCAAGGAAGCACUUCAGACCGAUCUUCUGGGGAGCCUGGACCCAAUACAGGAGCUAUACCUAAAAGUUCAUAUGGGCAUCGUCGAAAUGUUCCAAGUCGUGGAAUGAGACAGGAAGGAAACAUCUAUCGCUUAUCUCAAGGUGAUGACGAUGAUGAUGAAAACAAAACAUGGAAUGGUAAUUCAACACAACAAAUGUAACCCAACCUAGGCCUAGCCAUUUGUAGGUUAAUUUAAGUGUAAUGUUUUGUGUAUUUUCUGAAGGAGACCUGAGAAAUCAGCAAACUA